AUGGUUUUUUCCAGGACCGAAAUCAACCUCAUCAGAAUGAAAACGGUGAUACUGGCAACCUUUGCUUCUCUUUCUUUCUCUUGCCAACUGAUUGCGACUUUCAUCUCACUGGUCACACUGGCGGCUACUGGAACUGAACUGACUGUGUACAACACGUUUUUGAUUGUAUCCUUUGUCAACUCAUUAAGGACGACCGUUUCGUGGAAUAUUGCAAGACCAAUUUAUUUAUUGGCCGACUUUGCCGCGGCGCUGGCUCGCAUCCAGAAGUUUCUCGAAUUUGAGAAAAAGAACACUCACAGAUACCUAACAUAUUCCUUCGGCGAUGCGAUCAAUGUAAGAGAGGACUCUAGCAAGCGUUAUUACCCAUGUUUUAACCACAUCAAUAAGAUAGCAACCCAGUCCAACAAUGAUUUUGCUCUGUUACUGAAAAAUAUCGCAUGCAGUUGGACUGGCAAGUGGAAUAAGUUAACUUUGAAGUCCUUAAGUUUAUCUGUCAAAAAUGGUGAUCUUGUCCUCAUCACCGGUCCUGUUGGUUGCGGCAAGUCGUCCCUUCUGUACGCCAUUUUAAGGGAAAUUUCUCUCUUUUCUGGCAGUGUAUCUUGUCACGGUAAAAUUGCCUGGGUUGGUCAACAGCCUUGGGUGUUCUCGGGUACCGUGCGAGAAAAUAUCUUGUUUGGUGAAAAAUUCGAUCCGCACUCGUACCGUGUGACGAUCGAGGCGUGUGAUUUAAUCAGAGACUUUCAAAGAUUCCCAGAUGGUGAUAUGACGCUUGUUGGAGAGCGUGGAAUAGUACUUAGUGGUGGUCAACGAGCUCGUGUUGAAUUGGCACGCGCAGUGUACUCCAAUGCUGAUAUAUAUCUUUUGGAUGAUCCUCUGAGCGCAGUUGAUGCAGAGGUUGGGCAGCAUAUUUUUCAAACCUGCAUCUGUGGGUUAUUAAGCAAAAGUACUCGGAUAAUGGUUACGCAUAAUCUUCAGGCUUUAAGAGAUGCCGAAGACAUUGUAAUAAUGAAAGAAGGUACUAUUUCAGCAAGGGGUGAAGCUAUCUCACUGUGGAAGUCCGACAUAGCCAUGAAUGAAAUAAAGAAGUGUACUGAUAAGAAGGAAAAUUUUGACACAGCACAGGAAAGUACAUUACCUCCAAACACGUUGGACAAUGAAACAACAGUGGACGGAGAAUCUGGUCUGGAAAAUGCCGAGGAAGAUCGUGCAGUGGGUUUUAUAUCUUGGAAGUUAUAUUGGCAUUAUAUACGAGCUGGAACGUCUGCCAUUUCAGCCGGGGUCAUGUUCAUCUUUAUCCUACUUGUCCAAGGUUAAGAGUUGAGUAUGAGUUCAGUUAUCCUUUAAGGCACCUUUCUCUACAGGACAUUUCCGUUAGAAAAUGGGUGGGGGCGCUGUUACAGUGAUAUGGGAAUCUCCAUUCCCAAAACCCAAGUGAUAUGGGCAUCCCCUUCUCAUUUUAGCUUAGUGAUUUGUGUUAGGGUUAGGGUUAAGGGAGAUGCCCAUAUUACUAGGGUUUUGGAAAUGGAGAUGUCCAAAACGCGGGGAUCCCAUAUCACUGUGACAGCGCCCCUCUCAUUUUGUAUGGGAAAAGUCGUGGGGACGAGGUUGCCUUUAAGGAAGUAUCUUAAAUGAUGGCACCAGGGUAGAGGGCACUUCUCAUGAAAAUAAAGAUAUAGGGUGUUUACCCAGGAACAGGGUGUGGCCAUGGGGCUUGUUAGUCCUCUAUACAAAGGUUUCUGAAGUCCAGGCGACAUCGAAGAAUAAGGUGCUACGUGCUUUAAAGUUUACAAACCCUCAUACUUCUUUUAGAUAUUUAAUCUCAUGGUGAGUCACUAAAAGUAAGUAUUGGCGGUGCCAUUUACAAAAAUUCGGUUAGAUAUAUUUUCAAAAGACUGUACUGGCCAGCGCCAUAAAAUAACGACGAGUAACGGUAAACAAAGUCUGCUCCUCAAAACGUAGAAAGAACUAAAAAGUUUUAAAAUUUACACAUGUUCGUGCCAGAGCAAUGAAAAAUGAUUGUAUCCUUUUGUUAUAAGGCAGUGAAGUGGGACUCGUUCCAGUCUUAAGAGAGAUUGUCCCUAGAUUAGAAAAUUAGCCAUACGCUAAACACAGUUUCGCAAUUAACGAUUGAAAGAAUAAAAACACUUACUAACGAAUGAACCUGUCUUCUUUAUGUAUCGAUCAUAAAGCGUCCCUAGUUCUUCCCGACUGGUGGCUUCUUAAAUUGACCAGUAGAUCGCGUGAUGCCCAACGUCAAAGUCAAGACCUUUCAAUAUAUGGUUACCUGGUUGGUGCAGCCGUCUUACUAUCAACCAUCAGAGAGGCCACGUUCCUGAACGUGUUGAUUAAUUCAUCGAUGAGCCUUCAUAACCUAAUGCUGUCAGCGGUAGUCAAAGCUCCGGUUUUGUUUUUUGACACCAAUCCAGUUGGACGAGUGUUGAACAGGUUUUCCAGAGAUAUUAACAUUAUGGAAGAAUUACUACCAGAAGCGUUUCUGAGGGCCAUGCAGGUAAUUCUAUUCUGCAUUGGAGCAAUUACACUUCAAUCUGUGUUAAUCCCCUGGAUAAUACUGCCAGCAUUCCCACUCAUGGUUAUCUUUGCUUUGAUCGGUCGAUAUUACCUCAAUCCAUCACGCGACUUGAGGCGCAUAGAGGGAGUAACUCGAAGUCCAGUGCUAUCUCAUUUUAGCAACUCUUUGGAGGGACUGGUGAGCAUUCGAACAUACAACAAGGAAAACACGUCUAUAGGAGCUUUGUACAGGUUUGUGAUUAUAAGAGACCUUAAUUAAUUUUCAAGAAAAGGACUCGAGAUUUCUUAAUAAAACUAAGUGGCGCGCGCGCGUGAACCAGCAUCAUUUUGGCGGGAAAACAUGAUAACUGUCAUCAUUCAUGUCGUACAGUGGGGGAAGCAACUUUAGAAGUUUUGUAAUUUUACUUUUCCGUGGUGCAUUCUUUUUUGAUAAUGGGCGAAAAAAAAAAAUGAAGUCAAAUCUCGUCCUCAUAGUGGCUCUCGUCCUCGAAUCUGGGUUAUACCCGGUCCUUUUAGAAGACAGUUACCGGUCACAAGUGCCUUUAUCACCUCGAAACAUCCAUAUCUGUAAGGUUUCAGCCGGCAAAGUAAAGUGUAAUAGCAUGUCUUUCGGGCUUCAGAUAGAGAGUCAUGAAAAGUUACGCGUGAUACGCUCACGGCUUCCCCCGUCGCUCAUGUGUUCUCUCCUAGCAACUCGCUUCGCUCUAUAGAAAUAUAAAGCUUUCUCGCAGGCUUCCCCGACAUGAAAGAACUUAUUUUAGUGUAGCAAUAAUGAUUAGUAAACGACAUCAUGAUCAGUAAAAGGGAAAGUUGUUCACUUGGCGUUUGCUCUAAACAUGAUUUGGUUGAAACUGGAGGUAAAGCCGGCAUUUGGGAAAUUCUCACUAUGGCUUAAAAGCACGAGUAUGAGCCGUUUCUUGGAAGAAAAAAGGUGUAUUUCUUUCGGGUGGAGCAUCCCUUCAUCUUGUAAACCAUUAAAGGGGUACCCCGCGGGCUUUCAAUGAGAUCGAAAGAAAGAAAUUCUUUCCCAGAUUUCUUCAAAGCGAGUUGAUUAGUUAGUUUUUAAUUUGUUUCUUUAUCAUCAGAUACCAGGAUGACCACAAUCGAGCUAAUUUUGCCAUUUUUGCAAUAGCUAGAUGGCUAGGCAUACGUCUGGACAUGAUCUGCGUCAUCUUCGCGACAUUUGUCAUUUAUGUUGCAAUCAUUACUCAGUCUAAAGCAGGUAAAUUGAAACAACAAAUGGCCAAGUGAAAAUGUGUAAUGUUUAAUUUUGGGACUCAUGGACUUAACGUUAAAUCCGUGACCCCCCAAAUUAAACAUUGCACAUUUUUGUUAGGCAGGAUUUUUGCAGCCAUAUCUUGUGCGAUAUAUUUUAUGGUUUUUUUUGCUGUUCACACCAUAACAGGAACGUGAUUUCACCAUAAUCGUUAGGUAUAAAGUUAGUUCCUUAGCUCUAUCUUGUUAUUCUCCCUGAUGAAGCUUGGGGUGUCAAGGUAACAACAUGCUCACGUUGCUUCGUACUGUUCCCUAGUGUUCAACUGAAAAAAUAAAUAUCAUUAAAAAUAUUUUAAAAUGCAAUAAAUUGUACACCUGAGCUCACCAUACAGUCACGUGACACCUUUCAGCGGAUUCCCUAUUUUGACAGCUGUCAAAUGACCAUAACAGGUCCAAUAAAAGUGAAACACAGAUUGUAUAGUAAGUUUGACAUUUCACAUCCGCUAACAUGAAUAAGCAGACGUAAGGAGAGACAAACAGCCACAAACGGAUGACUUUGUCACAAUCAAAAUUUCUUGGAUGCAUAGAUAACCAAAAUCUAAUAUCCAUAGUGCUCCGUUGUGCACGCUCUGCUGUAAAUUGCGACUAGAACUGUAGUUUUUGUUUCGUUUUUGGCAGGGAUUGCAGCAUUAUCCAUUGUAUACGCCCUGCAGUUUGCGGUUGACACGUCUCAGUAUGCCGUUAGGAUGUGGUCGCAAGCUGAAAGUUACAUGACAUCCGUAGAGCGGGUCGUCAAAUACAGUCAAAUAGAACAAGAGCCUGGGUACCAGAAUCAUCGACAGCCCCCAGAACAUUGGCCCCAGUACGGUCAAUUGCAAUUAAAAAAUGUGGAACUUGUUUACUACCACGGCGGACCCAAAAUACUUAAAGGUAUCACUUUUACUGUUAAUCCACAAGAGAAGAUCGGAAUUGUUGGUCGCACUGGAGCUGGCAAGUCUUCACUGAUUGCAGCCCUGUUUCGUAUGCCUCAACCAACUGGUUACGUCAUCAUCGAUGACGUCAAUGUCGGUGAUGUUAACAUUCAAAGUUCUCGCCAAGCCAUAGCGGUUAUUACCCAGAAUCCAGUGUUGUUUACCGGUACACUGAGAAUGAAUUUGGAUCCUUUUGAGGAACACGAAGACAAGGAAAUCUGGAAUGCCUUGGAGGAUGCGAGUUUGGAAGCCAUGGUGAAAAAGCUUCCCAAGCAACUGAACCAGCUGGUGAAAGAAAGCGGAAGUAAUUUCAGUACCGGAGAAAGGCAACUUUUGUGUCUGGCCCGUGCGUUAUUGAGGAAGAACAAAAUAAUUGUUAUGGAUGAGGCAACGGCAAAUGUGGAUCACAAAACAGAUCAAUUAAUCCAGGAAACACUUCGCACGAAAUUUAAGCAUUGUACCGUGAUUACAGUUGCUCAUCGAUUGAACACAAUCAUGGAUUAUAAUCGAAUUUUGGUUCUGGAUCACGGAAGAGUUGUAGAGUAUGACAAACCAGAAAUUUUACUUCAGAAUGAAGGAGGAUAUUUUUCUAGACUUUGUCGUAGCUAUGAUGAUAAUGCCGACCAGUAA